AUGGAUGACCCGACCACGAUGACAGUCAAUACUAGUGUAUCACACAAAUCUCAACCUACCCUCCUUUCCGACGACGAAGAAGAGGAGGACAGGGACGCCGCAGAACAACGACCCGGUAGUGUUGUGCCCGGUUCAGAGUAUGUGACCAAGUUGACAUCAAGCGCCGUAAGCUCUCCUGAUUUGGGCGUCCUGGUAAGCCUGCUGGUUACCUCCAUCGGAAUGUUUAAACGCUAG